AUGGUAAUUAAGACAGCAAUAAAAGAAGAUGUUAUUAUGACAGUUAAAACUGCAGAACAAAUUUCUGAUCAAAUUGUUGCAGCUUUCCCAAAGGAAGUUAAGGAUUAUUAUUUUAUGCGUGAAGGCAGCAAAGCUCCUAAAGGAAAGUUAUACGCAAAGUAUCAUAAUGUGGUGCGCAAUUUAAAAAACGGUGGGCUUAUAGAAUCAACAAAAAGACCUAAACCAUCAAAUGUUGAAAUGAGUAAUGUCCGUCACAUGAUUAACUUUGAUUCUGAAACUGAUAUAGAUCAAUAUUUAAAUAGUCUGAAUCAUGAUAACUGCACAUUCAAUGAAAUUGAGGUUAUUUGGAAGGCAACUGUCAAGUAUAGGCUAAAUUAUAUUAAAAACAGUCAGAGUACAACUGAGACAUUAAAACAUUGGAGCAGUUACAAACUCCCAGCUGGUUAUAAAUUAAUUGAUAUUGAUUUUAAUAUGCUCUAUCCAUCUGCAUCAAACUUAUUGACUAUUUAUCCAGAUGUAUCAUCCAAACUUAUGGAAUUGUUAAAGUUAAAAAUAAAAGAUUCACAAAGUUUAAAACUACUAGAUGAAAUUCUCGAAAAGAAUUUGUUAGAAAAUGGUCGUGAUGCUUGUAUAUUUCAUCUUUUACACGCAGUAUUUAUUCCUACUGCAAAAAAAUCCACUCGUAACGAAAAAGGCCAAAAAUCCAUGAUAAAGUUUUCAAUUAGAGAUUCACAGCAGUCAUUUAUGAUUAAUGUUGAUACAGUUUUGCAGUUCGAAGAUAUAAUAGCUAGAAAAAAAGGUUUAGGUAUCCCAAUCCAACCAUUUAUUGUGAUAAUUGGUCAAUUACAUGAACCAAAAGACAUAAUUGUUUACUUUGAUGAUAUUAAAUACAAAGUUUUAACCAUUCAGAGAGCAGUUGAUGUCGUUUUUAAGUUGUUCCAUACAUUCAAUUUGUUAUAUCCUGAUGAAUCUUAUAUUUUAUGGUUAUUCAUACAAAAGUUUUUUUAUAAUAUUCACAUUAAGUCAGACCAAUCACAUCCAAUUAUAAGUUUAAUUAUUUCAGAACUAAAUAAAUAA